AACCCGGAUGUGCCUGGGUAGUCGUGUUGGCAGUCGGGGCUCUGAGGUGUGGGCGCCCUGGGGGCGCUGGCAGCCGAGGGGGAUGGCGCGGGAUUGGGCAGGCUUCUCUGAGGAGGAGCUGAGGCGACUAAAACAGAGUAAAGAUCCAUUUGAACCACAGCGACGUCUCCCUGUGAAGAAAAGUCGACAACAACUUCAGCGAGAAAAAGCCCUUCAAGAGCAAAGCCAAAAACUUGGACUUCAAGAUGGAUCAAGCUCAGUACCUCCAGAGCAGCUGCUUUCCGCACCAGAACCAAGAUUUAAUGCUCAAAACCCACAUUCUUCCUCCCCUGUUCCUCCUAGUCCUCUUACAGUCACUUCUCCUGUUGGUGAUGGAAAACCACAGGGUACUGAAGGUCAACCAAGUGAACUGGGACUUGAGAAUUCCCACGAUGGUCGCAAAAACACCGAAGUUCUCCCUCCAAAGUCAGAUUGCAAAAUGGAAAAAAAGAAACUGGAAUUGCAAGAAAAAUCUCGUUGGGAAAUCCUCCAACAAGAACAACGGCUAAUGGAAGAGAAAAAUAAACGUAAGAAAGCUCUUUUGGCUAAAGCUAUUGCAGAAAGAUCUAAAAGAACUCAAGCAGAGACCCUGAAACUAAAGCGGAUCCAAAAGGAGUUGCAGGCUUUAGAUGACAUGGUGUCAGCAGACAUUGGGAUCCUCAGAAACAGGAUUGAUCAAGCCAGCCUUGAGUAUUCAUAUGCUUGGAAGCGGUUUGACAGGGCUGAAGCAGAGUAUGUGACGGCAAAGUUGGAUCUGCAGCGCAAGACUGAGAUUAAGGAGCAGCUCACUGAGCACCUCUGUACAAUCAUACAGCAAAACGAGCUCCGCAAGGCCAAGAAGUUGGAGGAGUUGAUGCAACAACUGAAUGUACAAGCUGAUGAGGAGACUCUGGAACUUGAGAUGGGGGUAGAGAGAUUUCUGCACGAACAAGAAGCCGACGUGGGGAAACAGAUGGUUCAUCUGCAGAGCCCAUUUCAGCCUUCUGGGGAGAGGGUGACAUUAGGGUUUGCCAAAGAGAACAGAAAUCAAGACCAAGGUGCUUCUCAGAAGGUAGAUGAACAGUGUGAAAAUUCCACUAGCUUUCCCAUUCUGAAUGCAGACAAAAGUCAAGAAGAUAAAAUUAUUGUAAAGGACAUUUCAGCUGCUCUGACCACGUGAAGUGCUAGUGUUUGUACCUUUCAGCCAGUGCAGUGUUGAGUAAACUUCUGUUGUGGCUUAUGCCAUGAGCUCUGGUAAGUGCGUCUUUAAAACAGUGUUAACUUUGAAUCCUUGGUUAGUUUUAGUAGAACCUGUUUGACAUUCUCAACCCUCACAUCGUGAUAAUUUGAUAGAUAGGCACACAGUUCACCUUGAUCCUGGGCCAGCUCCCCCCAGUGCACCCUUACUCCCGGGGGAAACAAACCGCACGAACAGACGAAGAAACACUACACGACUGAGAGUGUGCUGCACCAGGGAGAUCUGGAAGAGUACGUUGGAAAGUGAUCCUCGACACCUAAUCAGACUCCUGUGACUUUUCCUAGGAGAGGGGUUGAUGAUGAGAGUCCUGUUGUAUGCAAUGUGCAAUGACACAAAAAUUAACGUGAAAGAGACAGAAGGAGAAAAAAUCAACAGAAGUAGUACAUUGGAUUGUCUGUUGGCUCUUAGUUGAACUGCAAAACCCCACUUGGAAGCUGCCAUUUACAAAAGGAAUCAGACAGCUUCAGUAACAUUUUUAUCUUCAUUUUGCCUUUUAAAUGGCUUUAACUUAAAACCUGAGUGUUGAUUAGUUUCUAUACACACACACAUACACACAAAUAUACUAUUGGAAUAUGUAGUUUUACUUUUAAUAUAUUGUCUUUAAUCAGCACAUUGAUUAAAUUUAGACAAAACAUUUCUAUAGUGAGGCUGAAAAUAAUACAAAAAAUCUGUUACUACUUUUGAUUAUCAAAAAAAUUGAUAUAUUUUCUUUCUAAAGUUAUCUGUAAAUAUGUAUUGUAUAUGUUGGAUAUAAAUUAUCCUGUCAUAAAGUAUUUAAAUCGUUCAAAUGGUGAUUUCUUAGUAUUUUUAUAGUCUUAUUUACUAUCACUUCACUAAUACUUGACCAACACAUUAUGCUAUAUGUGAAUGUACUAAUGAAUACUGUUGUUUCAUCAUAAAACCUGUGAAUUUCACAGUAAAUUAUGGUUUAUUUAUCGGAAAUUCCAAAAAGUACAAAUACUACUUAAGUCUUUAAAAAAAAAUGUAAAAGAAAAUAAGGACAUUUUAACGUUGCAUUUAUAAUAAUGCCGAAAAAGUUGGGGCCAUCCUAUUUUUAAAUGAGUUUGAGGGUAUUCUAGCAAUGUGGGUGAGCUGUGUAUUUUUAUAUUAUGUAAUUUGGGUUGAAACUAUAGUUUUCCAGUACUGACUUCUCUGAACAGAAGCAUUUACAUAGGUCGUUGUGUUUAUUUAUGAAUGACAGUCAUGAAAACUGAAAGCAUCAUUGUCCAAUACACUCUUAUUUUUCUAAGUAAUAAAUGAGUCUGAUCCAUCCAUAA